CUCACUCAAACUUCUCCUUCUCCUAAUUCCACUCAGAGAGAGAGAGAGAGAGAGAGAGAGAGAGAGAGACCCAUAGAAACACUAUAAUGGAGAUCUCCGGCAAGAUUUACGCUUCCCUCAUUAUCUGCAUGCUCGUCAUCUCCUCCUCUGUAACUCCAUCUCUAAGCUGCACCUCCUGUAGGCACAAGCCUCCAAAGAAGCACAAGCCCAAGCCUAAGCUCCCACCGCCGCUGCUUCCUCCGGCGCCGCCUGCGGAGGCGACGUGCCCGGUGGACACGGUCAAGCUGGGGGCGUGCGUGGAUCUGCUGGGAGGGAUUGUCCACGUGGGAAUAGGGGACCCAGUGGUGAACCAGUGCUGCCCGGUGAUUCAAGGGCUGGUAGACCUGGAGGCCGCCGUGUGUCUGUGUACGACGCUGAAACUGAAGCUUCUGAAUCUAAACAUAUAUGUGCCUCUCGCUCUUCAGCUUCUCAUCACUUGUGGCAAGAUGCCUCCUCCUGGUUACACUUGCUCACUCUGAUCUCCCCCCCUUUAAACGACGCCGUUUAUCAGCUGCCUCCAUGGUCUCUUAUGGGGUAUCAACAGAAUCCGCAUGAAACGACGUCGCUACCAAUUCCCUCGCUUCUCUCUUCUAUCGUAUGUUGGAGUACGGAAUUGCUGAUGUUUAGCUAUUAUUAUUAAUCAUUUAAUUAAAUUUUGUAAACAUUUCGUUUUCAGCUAGUGUGAAUUUUAUGUUGCAUCAAUUUUUGAAAAAAUGAAUCAUACUGUUUAUGACUCAUGAAUAGUAUGGUUGAUAGAAUUUAUAUUUCUUUUUCCCCCUUUUUUAGAGUGAAAUUUUGAUUGAUUGUGACGGAUAAUAGAUAAUACAUGUAAUUCAUUGGAUUGAUAUUGUGAGUGCAGUUUUUUUUU